UAAUUUACAGCUGACUGGUGGAAACUAUGGAUGUCAAACCAGGCAACUGUUGGCGCUGUAUGAAACCCCUGCCAGAGAGUCUGGUGACAUGUGAUCGUUGCCCACAGGCCAAGUACUGCAGUGAUCAGUGCCAAAGACAAGACAGGGUCAGGCAUGGUGCCGUGGAGUGCCAGAUGUUUGGGCCCAAAAGUUGCAGUUAUUGCAAGAAAACGGGGGAAAUGAAACCGUGCGCAGGAUGCAACAACGCAUGGUACUGCAAUGGCACAUGCCAACGGAAGAGCUGGGCAGCCCAUAAAGAGGUAUGCCAAGACGUCCAAGCAAUGAUCGCUGAUCUUUCUCAUCAAAUGACUGAAGAUUGUGCUGAUCUUUCGAGACAGGAUGGUGACUACAGCAUGCGGGACAUGUUCCUAGUUCCCCCUUAUUACUUUGGCACCACGAUGGCAUGCGAUUUCCUUCAGCUUGAGCAGAACGAAUGGGCAGACGGAAUCAGUGAGGAGGAGACAAUGUGUGACUUCUACAUCUUCUCAGCAGGGUGUGGAGAUCUGCGACACACAGUACUGACAGCUGCCUCCUUGCCUGCAGAGUACCAGGGAAAAGUUCAUAUUGUGCUCAAUGACUCGGACCCUUACGUCAUGGCCAGGAAUGUACUUUUCCUUUACAUGCUGAUUCAGCACGAAGACAGGGAAGGCAUUGCCACCAGCCUAGCCACACUCUGGUACUCCCUGCACAUCUCCAAGAGUGACUACGACCUGACCAAGACCAGCCUGAAGAAACUCAUCCAAGCUGAUGCCAGGGGAAUUUCGGAAGCCACCAAGGGGUGUGUGUCCAUCACCGAUGAGGACGUUACCAAACUUCGCUAUGUCUGGAAAGGCUGGUACUCCCUCGAGUGCCAACGCAUCAGAAGCUCCUCGGUGAACCUCACGAAGCGAAGACAGUUCGUCCUGACACAGGUUCCCUCCUUCCAACAUGAAUUAAAGAUCUACUUUGAAAGGCUCUCACCUAAGGAAGCCGAGAGCUUAAAGACGUGGUUCCAACAUGGCCUAUUUCUUGCUCAAGACACCCCGAUUGGAAGUCUGCCAUUUGACAACCCAACUCUCACAGCAAGAAUACGUCAAAAUAUAGAUGGACAUUUGUUAGUCACUGAGAAUUUUGUGUACUGUAUUCAUAACAGUAACACACCUUUCAAAGCUUGGGACAGCCUGCAAGUGCAGGAGUGUAGUGCAGGUGAAACAACUUCAGCCACCGUCAUGUACCACAAAUAUGUGGCACAGCAGCUUCAGAAAACAUCAACCCUCCUAAGCCAAGGUAGGCUCCACAUACACAUGCUGGUUUCCUGCUGCUUUGAAAUCCCACAUGAUCACCAGGCUCUGAAAAUGGCCAAAUUUGACCGCAUCUUCACAGCCAACCUGGCUGACUUUUUCGAAUUCCGCAAGCUUCUCCAAACUCUCAGGCCACUGCUGAAUCCAAACAAUAAGAAUGCCACGCUAGUUACCGAGACUACGAAUUGGAGCAUAUGGAUGCCAGAGGCAAGCGGAUUGGAGAGACACACUGGGAGAGAUAUCAACAAUUCCAUCAAGACAACAAUGCAGCUAUGCAAAGAUGACACAGGGAAGGCGCUCUCCAGUCCGAUGGCCUUCAGCAAAGAUGACACGGGGAAGGAGAUUUCCGGUCCAGGAACCCUCAGAUACCGCAUAGAGUAUUUCAACAACACUCACUGGUUUUGUGCAUACCUACGGGCAAACAUGAUGGCCGGGGGCUUCCAUUUCCCAGAGCUGGACCACAUCCCGUUUCUCAAGGAGGCCAUGAAGUGUGAAGGGCUGCAGAUGCGUGACUUCCGGGAGGAACUCAACAAACUGGUGCCGUUCAAGAAUCGAGUGAAUGCCAGGAGCCUUACCUCUCCGUCUGGUCUAGAGAGGGCACUGGAAUGGUACUUGCCUUCUGACCGCUAAGCUGUGGUAUAUCUCGCGCAUUCUGAUGGAGCGUCAAACCAUGCCAAUCAUCAAGAAGAACAUUCAGACUUUAAUCGUGCAUCUGUACAUACUCAUUUAACUUUAAUUGCACCAUCCAUAUUACUGGAA